AAAAUGUCGCACAAACUGUGUGUUGUUUACGGAGUCCUUAGUAUCCUUUUGUAUAUCACAGCAACCGUACAAGCGGGUGUACUACGCGCUGACAAGCCAGCUGAGUCGCCAGUAACAGAAGCACAGGCCAACGAGAGCGUACAACCGGAGAGCACAACCAUCGAUAUUAUUGUUGCCGAUGAAGUGGCGCUCAGCAGAGAUGAAGAUGCGACUGUGAAGAUUGAUAUUGCCUCCUUAGAUCCGGCACCGGACACGGUCGAAGGCAUUGAAAUCACGUUGGACACAGUCGACGUUAAAACUGAGGAGCCAAAGCAAGACGAGGCGGCUGAAACGCAAACCGAAACCGCGCUGAGCAGAGAUGAAGUCAAUGCGCACGAAACUGUUGAUCUUGCACAGAACGUACCAGCCAGCAGCGUGGAAAUCACAGGCACACCACAAAAGUCGUCCAAGCUGCUGUUGCUGAGCACACCAAGACUGGCACGCGAACAGGAGGAAAAUAUUGCCGAACCCGAAGAUGUUGAUAUCAACACCGCCUUAUCCACGGAUGACACCACCGAGCUAAGCGUUGAGAAUCAAAAUGACAAUGACAAGUCUAGCGCGGAAAGUGAAGAGCAGGACACAAGAGACGCCACUGAAGAACCCAACUUUCUAACACGUGUACGCGAUGCAAUUUUUGGCAAAAAACCAGCAGCGGAAACAACGCAGGCAACUUUGGAUGGGCAAGAGGUUGCGUCAACACCGAGCGAUGAGGUGUUAAAGGCGGAUAAGGAUGAGAUUAAGAAAGACGAAGAGGGCGCCAAACCAGCCGUUGCUGAACAGGCACCAGCGCCACAUAAUGAUAAUGCAGCGACCGCUGUGCUAAUCGAAAGCGAGGCUGACUAUGUACUCGUCGACAGCGAUGUCGAACACCUGGAGCAUUUGGGCAGUUUCACACAUGCCGAAAGCGAGGAAUACCUGCAGCCCAUAGUUCAUUCCGUGGAGGUGGUGCCAUCGCAUUUUGAGGAACCGCUGCUCUUCACCACCAGCUACGUGCAUGCUUGGUAGUUGGAUAGCGUGGAUCCUGGCAAGCAGUUAUUGUUAAAUUAAUUUUAAUGUCAUGUUUUAGUUGCUCGUGCUUAGCGUUUCUUCCUUU